AUGAAACCAAAUGGCAAGUCAAUUGUCUCCUCCGAUUACGACGACAAAGUCAUGUUCUUCAAAGAUGUCUCACUGGGUCACCACGAAUCUCAGUUGCGAUUUCGGCUCAUCCAUUUCUUGGAGGCUUGGAACCCACUAAAGAAGACGCUUAUUGUCCUGGAGAUGCUGCUCAUCGACGAACAGGGAACAGCUAUUCAAAGAUUCAUCUUCCCAGGACGUAUUGAAAAAUAUUUGCCUGAAAUGAAAAACAAAUCGGUGUUCCGGGUUUCUUAUCAUACCGCGACCGUGUCGUUCUCAUGGAACUCAGAACUGUCGGUUCUUCAAGACUGUCACACUCCUUUUGAUGAAGACAGUUUCCGGUUUCAUUCGUAUGAAGAAUUUCAAGCUAACUGUGAUCUCAAAGGAGACAUCUACGAUGUUGUUGGCCACAUGAAGUUGGUUAAUGGUCAGAGUAUCGUUGAGGCCUCCGUUCUUGACGAAGUGGAGAUAGCAAAGGCGAGGCGUCUUCUGAUUCAUGCUGCAAGAGACUUCUGCAAAAAGUUUAAGUCGUACGAAAAAACACCCACUGUGUUACUGGUCACGACUGUUAACACAAAGACUCUCGAAGGUACUCUUGCCCUGACCUCAAUGUCCUCCUCGCAUGUAUUUAUUGACUACGAUGUCCAACCUACCAUAGAUUACUUCGGCUGGUUGGGCUCUAAUCCAGAUAUUGCUGAGCAGGUUAAUGCAGAGGUGUGCACGACUACGAUCGAUGACGUCGUGCAUGGCUCUGCUUGGUACUACAUUGCAUGCAGUGGGUGCCAUACUAAGGUUACCAAAGGCCCAACUUCGAUGAUUUGUACAAACAGCAAAUGUGGGAAGGUUAACGUGGCUGGAGCUGCACAGUACCGUUCAAAGAUAUCUGUUUAUGACAACAGUGAUCAAGCUUUUUUUGUACUACUUGGUGAUGCUGGUCGUGAGUUGACUGGGAAGCCCGCAUCAGAAUUAGUUAGAAGCUAUUUUGAGGCUAACGGAAGCCAAGAAGGUAACCAUGAGGCGCCUGUACCGGAAGCUCUGAUCAGCACCAUCGGCCAAAGACAUAAGUUUUGUGUCAAAGUGACAGAGGACAACUUAUUAGGCAAGACCCGGUCUCUUACUGUGACCAAGAUCCUCCCUCUAGACACUCCACCAGCCACAAUAUCCUCGGAAGGAAACCACACUACUGCACCUUCGGAGGAAACAUUCAAAAGCCGUAUGGAUUCUGCAGAGGGGAGUAAGAGGACUUGUGACAGUGAUGAGAUAGAGAAAGCUAAACGCCAUAGGUGUGGGAACUAG